AAGCUGUAAGUGGGUCCGUGCACUCUAGUCGGAUCUUUUCAAGCAUUUUCAUUCUCUGGAUUAUCAUAGAUCAUCGACAGCCGCGCCCCAAUCCAACGUGUUGAUGCCGUAAUCCCCUGACGCCAACUCGGAGCGAAUUCAGUGAUGGCUGGAAAAGGGGUGAAGAGCCUCGGCGAGGCAAUGAGGGCAUUGAGCCUCUCAACACAGAGCUGCAAGGCUGCACCGGCAUUAUCACUUCCGUCAGUCAGCAAGAGAUCAAUGGCGACCGCUGCUCCGGUCCCGGAUAUCACAAGAUCAGCUACAGAAUCGUGGAAUCCCAUAACCACGGUGCCGCUGACGAUCUAUUCCUUCCCCUCCCUCGAACCCCGAUCCCUCGAAUGCUGGUCCACGAAGCACCUCCACCUCCCGCUGCGGCGGGACAUCCUGCACCUGGCCGUGGUGUUCGAGGGCGACGCGACGCGGCAGGGGACGGCGUCGUCGAAGACGCGGUACGAGGUGGCGGGCUCGCACCGCAAGAUGGGCCCGCAGAAGGGCUCCGGCAAGGCGCGGCGCGGCACGCGGCAGUCGCCGCUGCUGCGGGGCGGCGGCAAGACGUUCGGCCCCAAGCCGCGCGACUUCAGCACGCGGCUGAACCGCAAGGUGUACGACCUGGCGUGGCGCACGGCGCUGAGCUGGCGCUACCGGCGCGGCGAGCUGAUCGUCACCGAGGACGGGCUCGACCUGCCCCUGCCCGACGACUUCCUGCAGCUGGCCGAGACGGGCGUCUUGGGCCAGGAGCUCGAGGACGGCUUCGUCAAGAGGUACGUCACGCAGAUCCUGCGCGGGCUCGAGUGGGGGAGGGAGGACGGACGGACGACGUUCGUCACGGGAGACAAGAGGGCGAACCUGUUCACCAGCCUCGAGGUCGCGGGCGCGGAGGCGAGGGCGCUGGAGCUCAGCGACGUCGACGUCAAGGACCUGCUGGAGACUGGCCGGAUCGUCAUCGAGAGGAGCGCUCUGCGCGAGAUGAUCGAGCAGCACCAGAGCGACCUGGUCAGCCGCGUGGUCGUCAACGGGAUCCCUAUCUCGGGGCCUCCGCUGGGGCAGGCCGUUGUCGCUUGAGGUUCCACGGCGGCAUUAUAUGGAAACACAGAAAGAGAGUCCUUGUAUAUGUAUGAGGUAUAACCCGUCAAAGUUGUAUAGAUCUGUACUAUAAGCCACCACACCUUCUCGUGAGGAGGGCAGUCUCUCAACAAGAAAGGCAUAAACUUGAGUAAUUCACAGCGUUACGAUUACGAUAGGGCCCCUCCGUUUUCGAAUUGUGUCAUUG